AUGGAGCCUGAAAAAUCCCUUGCAUCGUCGCCGGAAAAUGACGACGACGACGACCGAUCAACGGCCGGCAGCGCCACCGGAGUCGGGAGAUCCUACGAGUGCAAUUUCUGUAAACGCGGAUUUACCAACGCGCAAGCACUCGGAGGGCAUAUGAACAUUCAUCGGAAAGAUAAGGGCAAGGGCAAGAUCAAAAUCAAGUCGAAAAAUAAUAUUGAAUAUGAUCGCGACAAUCGAGAUCACCACUCCGGUGAGUCGAAUUAUGGGAGUUUAAGGUUCUUUCCGGCCGAGAUUUCUUCGAUUGGCGAUGAGAAUCGAUUGAGUUAUUACAAACUUGGAGGUGGAAGACAGGUGGAGUAUCAAAUCUACUUGCCAUUGCAGCCAAACCCUAAUUCCCGAAUUCGACAUUUUAGCAUGAUGUCCGAAGGGGCUUUGGAUAGGUUUCGAGAUGGAAAUGAAGGUAAGAAUUUCGAGAAGACCGACGUUGAUUUAGAGCUUCGCCUCGGCCGUGAUUGUCCACAAUGA